AUGGAGCUGAGGAGAGGCAAGACCUUCAUCAAAUCCAGCGUGCAGAUUUCCCACGAGAAACUCAUAGACCCACCAGCCCCCGCACCAGCCAAAGAGGACACAGGUCCUUGGUCACUCUCACUAGGAGAGCAGCCGAGACCCUAUGGAGAGAAGAGUUCCCAAACUAGUCCCCGUGUUCAAGGGUGUGGCCAGUGCCCUAACAAAGAGAUCCAGUCUGAUCCUGAAGGGGGUCCCGGGCCCCUCUGCGGAACCACCUUCAAGUUGGUGCGGAAGAGCAAGACUCAUGAGAGUGUGCCGGGGGCCGCGAAGGCAGCCGCCGCCGCCACAGGGCAGAUGGUGAGCAGCAUGAGCUUCCCAGAGACCCCUGGGGGUCAGCGGAUGAUUGACUACCGCCACUUUGUGCCCCAGAUGCCCUUCGUGCCAGCGGUGGCUAAGAGCAUCCCAAGAAAAAGGAUUUCCCUGAAGAGGUCCAAGAAGUGCUUUCGGAACCUGUUUCACAUCCGCAGGAGCAAAACUGAGAACCUGGCCUCACUAUCAGCCAAGGGGAAGAGUCUGUCGUCCCCUGGGACCCCAUUGGGUGCUGCAGUGCAGCAAGGCAAACCCUUCCUCUCCAUGGGGGAGGGGCUGGGGCUGGACAGCCUAUGCCAGGACCUGUCUGACAGCGAGUUUCUGCCUGACUCGCCCUUUGACCUCUGCAGCGCCCUGUGUGAGGAUGUGGCCUCCCUCAAAAGCUUCGAUUCGCUUACCGGCUGUGGGGAGAUCUUUGCAGAUGGGAGCUCGGUGCCAUCUGUGGAGAUGAAAGAAGGUCCGGAGAGCCCAGCCCGUUCACCCCAAGCUCUGGACAGCAAAACUCCCUGUGGUCCCUCCCAGGGUAGUGUGGAACAGCUGGCAUCACCUGCCCAGAAUGAAGCGUCAGACUUCACCAAGUUCUGGGACAAUGUGAAUCGCUCCGUGAAGCAGCAACAGCGUGCCCUGCUGGGCCCAAGGCUGAGGAGUCCCCAGGGGACAGACACAGACCCGCUCAGGUUAGAUGCAGCUGGGCUAGCCGAACUGCCCCUGUUGCCUUGCAGGGGUCCCCCCAGUGGCUCCAAAGCCAGCUCCAUAGACACAGGUACCCCCAAAAGUGAACAGCCAGAAUCUGUGUCCACCAGUGAUGAAGGUUACUAUGACUCCUUCUCACCGGGCCUUGAGGAGGAGAAAAAGGAAGCUGUGAGCCCUGGGACAUCGGCAGCCACUUUCCCCAGGGACAGCUACAGUGGGGAUGCCCUCUAUGAACUCUUCUAUGACCCCAGCGAGGCCCCUGUUGGCCCAAUCCUGGAUGAUGAUCUGUGUGUGUCUGAGAGUCUUUCAGGGCCUGCCCUGGGGACCCCACUGUCUAUGUGUAGCUUCCACGUGGGAGCUGAGGAGAACCUGGCCCCAGCGCCCGGCCCUGACUUACUCAGCCAGGGCUUCCUGCAGAGCACCUGGAAGGGCAAGGAAUGCCUGCUGAAGCUCUGUGACACAGAACUUGCCAUCACCAUGGGCAUCGUCAACUGGUUGCGCAGGAUGCCACCUGCCCCUGCCCCUGCGCCUGCGCCUGCCCCUGCCCCUACCCCUGCCCUGGUCCUUAGGGAGCCUGUUGCUCCACCUGACCCCCAUAGAGCCCUCAAGGGACCAACAGACAGCCUAGAAGGCAGGGAAGACCAGGCCUUAGAUAUGGGCAAGGCCAGGACAUGCUUGGCACCCAGCAGAGAGGAGCCCUGGGCACACCUAGGAACCAAAGACUUGCUUAUAAGAGAGCGUGAGGUCCAAGGGGAGCCUGCAAGGGGUGUUAGUGUCCCAUCUAAGGAUGGCUCUCUAGAGGAAGGAACACAAGCCCUCUCCGAAGGCCGGUCCUCCUCUGCAGCUACCAUGACAACAGGCAUUUCCAGGAAAAGCACAGCUCUAAACCCUGUAACCUGUGCUAGCUCUAGGAAGGAACUGGGGAUACCUGCCAGCCAGAGGCACGCUCAAGGCCCCUUAAGACCAGGGCAUGGGGGAAGUACUCUUGAUCCAGGGUCCAUGCUUGUAGGCUGCGUGGCCCACGUGGCAGCCCUGCAAAUCUAUCCAGACGGCCGUUCUCCCAGACAGGAUAGGGGCAAUGGGCUCUUCUGGAAGCCUCAGGCUUGGGGUCCCAACACUGUGCAAAAGAAACCGACAAGCAGCAACGCUCCUGACGGAGCAGCUGUCUGUGGCUUCUCCUCCCCAGCCAACCCCCAGGACCAGAGAUGUCAUGACCUUUUCCUGGACCUGAGCCAGCUCAAGUUGGAACCUUCCAGGCUAGGUACCCAGGUCUGUGCCUCGGUGGACAACCAGCCCCAGCAGCUCAGCCCCAGGGCUCCAGAUAGAGGCUCAGUGGGGUCCUGA